UUUAUUUGGGAGUAUUAAAAAAAUUUUGUUUGGAAGGGUUGUGUAGUCAUUGCGUACACUUUUUUUUUUCAUACAUCCUUCAAGUCUCAUUGGAUUUACUAGACUAUAUAUAGAUGUAUAUCUUGAUGGCCUUUGACAUUUCCUUGUCACGCAAAGUUACUUCUUUGUUUACUAACUUCGUCAAAUCACAAUACCUUGCAUAAAACUACUCGCGCAAUGAAUUACCUAAUGGAGGACGAAGAUGACUUUUUAUCAAAUGACAUCGUUCUAUCAACAGCAAUUCAUCCAUCAAGAGCAUCAUCACCAUCGCAUCAACGAAUAGGAACUGGAACAAUAGGAACAAUUUUUUUAAUGAUCAAUGCAACUUUGGGAGCAGGACUGCUGAAUUUUCCAGAAGCAUUUGAUAAAUCUGGUGGACUUGCGACAGCUAUUCUUGCUCAGCUUUUUUUUCUAUUGUUUAUUACUUAUACUUUAGUUAUAUUGGCAAGCAGUAGCGAUGUUACAAAUACCACAACAUUGCAAAACACUUUUGCAGGACUGUGUGGGUCAAAAUCCUUGUUUUUUUGUGGAUUAUGCAUUGCUGUAUACAGUUUUGGUUGUUGCAUCACGUUCUUAAUUGUCAUAGGAGAUCAAUUCGACAGAGUCUUUGCUACUUACUUUGGAAUGGACUACUGUCACACUUGGUAUCUGUCAAGACCAGUUGUUGUGAGCGUUGCUAGUAUACUUUUUAUUUUACCCUUGUCUUUUUUCAAGAGACUUGAUGCUUUAAACUAUGCUAGUUCGAUAGGUUGCAUAACGAUUUUGUAUGUGGUAUGGCUCAUAGUCUAUGAAAGUUUUGAUCAUCACAAAUUACCAACUAAGCCAAUGCACAUAUGGCCAGAUAGACCAACUCAAGUUUUAGAAAUUGUUCCCAUAAUAUGCUUUGCAUAUCAGAGCCACAUGACUGCCAUACCCAUGUAUGCUUGCAUGAAAAAUCGUCAAAUUGGUAAAUUUACGUUAUGUGCCAUUGUUAGCUCGAUUAUUUGUUUCUUUGCGUACUCAACUGUUGGAGUUUUUGGAUAUGCGACUUUCGGCAUUGGUAAAGUUCCAAGUGACAUAUUACAAGGAUACUCAGAUAAAAGUACAACUUUGACUAUUGCAAUAAUUGCAAUAGCUAUUAAAAAUUUUACUACCUACCCCAUUGUUCUGUACUGCGGCAGAGACUCAAUAUUAAGUUUAUUUGGCAAAGAUGUCGAUUGUCAUUUUUUUAUAAGAUUCAUAAUCACCAUAGUGUGGUUUGUUUUGUGUCUAAUCAUAGCUGUCUUAGUUCCCGACAUUGCACCUGUGAUUAGUUUUAUGGGUUCACUGUCUGCUGCAUUUAUAUUCUUAUUCCCUGGUAUUUGCUUGCUUCAGAGCACUUUGAAAAAAGAUCCGCAAUUAUACCUAAACAAAGAUCGGUUUUUAAUCUUCAUAGCUGUCUUCAUAAUAACUCUCGGUGCUUUUGUUUGCGGCGUUAUAUUUGUUCAAGCACUUCGAGAUUUUGAGAAGGCACCAGUUGAACCAGUUCAGUUAAUUACUGGAUACAAGUCGCAGUUUGGUGCAAGUUUGUGUAAAUAAUUUUGUUUUCUUUUUGUUUUUCUAACGAUCUUUGUAAAUUUUUUUUUUUUUUUCAUUCAUCCAACAAAGCAAUGAUCUUUUCUUGUUAAGCGUCAUAAUAAGACUGAUGUAAAUAAAAACAAAAUUUGUAUGCGCAUGUAAAAUACGUGAAUUUUCUAGAAAUUUUAUAAAUUAUUAUUAGAGAC